CAUUGUCAUUGAAUGCUCAGUCAACCGCCGCCAACAACCGACAGUUCACUUAACUUUAAUCGCCAUCCGAUCCCAGCCAAUUAGCCAUGUCGAAAAAGCGGAAAAUCCUGUCGUCCAUUUCCGUCUUCUCUUUCGUCUUCCUCGUCUUAUUAUUACCUGACGAUUGCUCCUCCAGUUUAGCGACUAAAUUGGAUUUGAUCCACCGGGAACUGGCGUCCGUCAAUCCGGCGUGGACUCGAGUUUUGAAUUACAUUUUGGAUUCGAAUCAAUUCAACACCAACAAAGAUCUAGGCCAGCAGACGACGACUAGUCAAGACAAUCAAGAAUGCUGCCUGACGGAUCAUUCCGGCUGGUGGUGUCGUCGACGCCGCCAGCGUCAUCACCAUGAGGGUCAUUUGAAUCCCAAUAAUGUUGACAACAACAACAGCAAUCUUCCGUCCGAUCAAUUAGGCCAUCGAUCGACCAGGCCCGCCGAUCUCUACGAGGCCACUGACUGGCAUUGCCCGCCGGCGGCUACCAACAGGUUGAUGGCGGAAGUGGUUUAUUCCGGCGAGGUCGACUCAUCGUCAUCCCGACAUCACGUGGAAUUGCCGGCCAUCUUCUCCGUCCUGAUCAAUUUCGGCAACAGUGAAUACUAUCAAUUCCUCAUCAGCAUGCUCGACUACCUGGAGGAGGAUCACGGAUGUUCUUCCGGCUACGUUUGGGAUCCGUUCGCAUCCGCCUGCCGCCGGAUCUACUGCUCCCCGGGCCACGUCCACGGUUUCCAGGAGGAUUUCUGCGAUUACAUCGACGCCAACGAAACGGAGACCGAUUGGCGGAUGACGUACGUCAUGGAGCUGGAAGUGAUCCAGCUGACGCUCUACGUCGACGCCAUUUACGACAGCCGCAACAUCUCCGACGACGAUUUAUUGGCCAUCAUUCAAGACUCUUUCGCUCCCGUUUUUGCGGCUUUCGUCGGGAUCGAUCCUGGGCGCAUCACCAACCUGGACGUGGCUUUCAUCAACCGGACGGCCAAGGAGAAUAAGCCGGCGGCGCCGAUGAUGGACCAGCAGCGAUCGCUGACGAUCGAUUUCUGGCUGAGUCAGGCGGAAGAUGGAUCGGACGAGCCGACAAUCGACAGCGUUGUCGCUCUGAUGGGCAGUUUGAUCGUCCAGGAUCGUUUGAUCGCCGUCAUUGAUGGAGUCGUUUGCCAACUGGUGGGUCUCCACGAACAGCCCGUCCCAUCGGAAACGGACACUUUCGCUAACUGGUGCAGAGGUGGGAUAACGGCCAUUUACCACAAUGACGAAUUCGUGAUCGACGUCACCAACAACACGGAAACGAAUCAAAGCGAAUUGAUAGUCUACAUCAAAGCGACGGAUCAGUGGUACAAAUCGGGCGAGUACAUGGCCGAUUUGUUCUUUUACGGCUCGUCCAAUUCGUCGGUUCUGACCAGUUUGUCCGGCUCGGUGGCCGUCUGUGAGAACCGGAGUGUCAUCGAAGACACGUCGUGCAACGUCAUCCAUUUGAACCAGACGGAAUUCAUUUUCUUCGACAACAACACGGUCCUCUACAACGGAUCCAUCCCUUUCAUCGAUCCCACUCUGCAGCCGGGCGAGUACGAAAGUCUUCCGGACGGAGGGCUGGCCGUCUGCCUGUACAUCUCUCAAAAAUGGCCAACGGCAUUGAUCGUCGAAUCCUACCUGACGCUCUGCUUGAUGUCCAUCUCGAUCCUGGCCAUGAUGGCCACCAUCGUCACGUAUUUGAUCUUUCCGGAAUUGCGGAAUUUGGCCGGAUUGGCCGUUAUGAAUUUGUGUCUAAUGACAUCCGGAUUCCAGCUGUGCAUCAUGAUCGGAAUGUCGCUGUCGGUCCACCAGAAAUCCGAGCUGUGCGUGGCCACCGCCAUUUUGGUCCACUACGAAGGAUUGGCAUCCAUUUUCUGGACCAACGUUAUGGCCAUCGACCUCUUCCUGACGCUGGGCCGAUGGUCGGCGGCCCCCCGGAAGCCUUCGAAAAUCCUUCCGCGCUACAGCCUCUACGCCUACGGCCUGCCGCUGGCCAUCGUGUCCGUGGCGGUGGCCAUCAACUUCUGCGACUGCACCGGUGAGUUCGAGGUCGAGUACGGCAAGCUCUUCUGCUGGAUCAGCAAUCCGACGGCCAACAUGGUCUUCUUCGGCCUGCCGCUGGCCUUGGCUCUGGUAGCCAACAUUGUCCUCUUCGUCCGGACGGUGGCCAUCAUCUACAGUUCAUCGGCCUGUCAGGGCCAGUGUUCCAGGCGUCAGAGGGCCCUGUGCCAGCUGAAACUCUACGCCCGCAUGUCGACCGUCAUGGGAUUCGCCUGGAUCUUCGCCUUCAUCGCCGCCUGUUUCGACCCGUCUUCGACGGCCGGCAUGAUCUUCACCUUCAUUUACGUCAUCCUCAACUCGAUGGGCGGUCUGUUUAUCUUCGUGGCCUUCACGUGCAACCGACGCGUCUACCUCCUCUACCGCGGCUGGUGGGCCAAAAGGCGUAAUCAAUUGCUGCGCCGCUCCAGCACGACGACGGCCGACAGCCUCAGCAGCACCAGGAAAACCAAGACGGCCCACGCCAGUGUCUCUCACCAGUCCCGUCAAGCCAAGACCAUUUCGGUAGAGACCCUUGUUUCCAAUUCGGAUGCCGGAGAUGUUAGUCCAAACCGUGAAACGUCUCUCCACAUGUAAAAAUAACAAAUUUUCUUACUUAUUCCCAAGUUGAUUAUUACAUAACAUCCCCACAUAGCUUUCAGCAGGAAAUAUGGUGAUCGUUCAGUUCUUAUUAGAAUUUUUUUUUAGAAAUUCCUUGAAUAAAAAAGAUAUUUUUCAAUUUUUUAACACUCGGAUAUUUGAACGUUCGUUGUUAUUCUGGGCAUUUUUAUUAUGUAUAGUUAACAAACGAUGGAGAAUGCAGAAAAAUCGAUCGAUGAAACACACUCGCAUGUAUAGGCCUAUAUAGUUGAAUACAAAAGGGUAAAUAGUAAGAAAAGGAAAAACAAGACCAUAAAAGGUUGACAAAAUGAUUUAAGAGGCAUAUUUAUAAUAAUCGUAUAUCGGGAAAAAAAGGGGAUUGGUUGAACACACAUUUCUCUCACACACACACCCUUUUCGAGGAUAUAGAUUUCCUUCCUCCCUUUUGUUUGCUUUUUCUUUCAGCUCAAUAGAGCGCCACGUUCAAAAAAGGAAACGGGCGUGACAACCAAAGCUCUUUUACACACAGUGGGCAUUCUUAUUCUAAUUUCUUUUCUUUUUUACCGAAAAUUCCAUCAUACACGCACAAAUACAAGCACGCCAAUUUUUAAAAAAGAAAGAAAAAUAUAUAUACUCGGAAAUACAGAAUGGUAAAUAGUAGUUACACACGGGAAAUAAAUGAUUUUAAGCGCACUUCAGGUUUCCCGCCAUGAAACGGUUAAAGAAAAUUGAGGGGUGGAUUUAAAAAAAAUAGUAGUAAUAAUAAAUCGCGUUUUGACUAAACGGGGCACCCGACAAAAAAAGAAAUUAUUUACAACAUAUAGACUCCCCCCUUUAUAUUCGUUUCUACUCUUUCUUGAAUUUGCUAGACGUAACAUCAUUUUAAAACAAAAGACAAAAGAAAGAGCAGUUUCAUGCACACGGGGGGAGAGAGAAAUAACAUUUUUUAAUAACGAUCGUUUCAAGUUUCAUUAGACCAAUAAUCGAUUAUUAAUAUGGCUGUAUGUGGCACUUAUUUUUUUCCUCCUUCAUCUUGCGAAUCUCCAGUGAUCGGAACCUCCACCUCCCCUGCAAUUACGAACACGGACGUAACAAAAAAAAAUGACAGAAGACAGGUGUUGUUUGAUGACAUCUCUUCAAUGGGCACAAGGACGAUCACAGUCAUUGAAGCAACACGCCAAACGACCCCAAAGUUGUCUGUUCUUUUCUCUCCAUCUCUGCAGGAAAAAAAGCUCGACGAGUUACGUAAUUAUUCGUAAAAAAUAAUUUCAGCAAGGAGCUGCGUUGCUGCUGGGCCAACGCGAUCCGGAAUUGCUGGGCUGCUGCAUCGUUGGCGGCUGCGGCGCUUGCUGGCGUUUCAUACUCUGGUUGGCUACUGUUGGUCGUUGGGAUGUGUCGGGUGUGUCGGGUAACAAGGACGUCAAUUUAGAAGCGUCACCACACCAAGAAGAAGAUGUUGAUUUCCAAUAAUAAAAUAGGAAUAACCAGGAGGAGAGAAAAAGAAGCCGGGAAAAUACACAAAAAAAAUAAGCGUCAGACAAGGCGGUUAAACAAAUAAGCUCUCCAAAGUUUCCUGACAAGUUCAGUUACUUUGAAGAAUUAUAAGACUUUUGACAUCUAAGAGACAAAA